GCAACGAACGUACCCCCAAAUCCCCAAUUUCUUUUGCUCCGCGAAUUGGCUCCGCCUGGCUGGGGCAGCGAGCAGACGCGGGGCGCCGACGAUGAUGGCCGAUGAGGCAGAGAGAGUGCCGCCGUGGCAGCAGGGCGGUUGGCUCGAUGGACAUGAAAACAUCAUUUACGACAUCCUCCUCCGCCUGCCCCCGAAGUCCGUGGUCCGUUGUCGCGCCGUCUGCAAGUCUUGGCUCCGCCUCGCCUCCGAUCACAUCUUCCUUGUCGACCAUCACCGCUGCCAGCCCUCCCUGCCCCUCCUCUACUUCAUCCUCGACGACGUCCGCGACCCGGAUAUCAGCGAGUACCGGCUCGAGGAGUUGGACCUCCACACCAACGACAACGAGUUGCAGACUGUCCUCGGAUUCUCCAGCCACGUCAAUUGGUGGAUGCCCCAUGGCCGUGAGAGACGGCUCGCUCUCCAUGGCUCCUGCGACGGGGUCCUCCUCCUAUCCUCCGACGACAGCCUAUACCUCUACAACCCAACCACGCGCCACUGGGGUUGCCUCCCACCCCUUCACAGCGACAACACCAUCGCAGGAUUUUACUGGCACAGGAUCUCGGACGACUACCGGGUGCUCUACUUCCGGCGCCAUGAAGAUGGAAAGUACUGCUACUACGUCAUGGAGGCCGGCACCAAGAGGCAGAGGCUGGUCAGUCGUCAGGUAUCCCUAAUACACUCCUCAUGGCCAACCAAGUGUGCGCGGCGCACACCACCGGUCCUCCUCCACGGCAACCUUCACUGGCCCCCUGUCUCAUCAAGGCCCGAGACCAUAGCCGUCUUCGACACGGUCGCCGAAGUGCUCCGGUUUAUGCUUUCCCCUGCCGUCUACGUGAACAGCCUGUUUGACUCAAAUGUGAAGCUGCUUGACAUGGAUGGUGUUCUUGCCAUGUCAGGUAGCUGCAGAGAAGCUAUCGGGGAUGACGGGCCCUCGAGGGUUGAUCUGUGGUUUCUGGAGGACUACAACGACCGUGUUUGGGUCUGCAAGUACCGCAUUGAAUUGCCAGUGGAAGAUAUCAGCCGUUUCCAUGAAUUCGAAGAUGUGUGGAAUGCUGUUGUUGUGUCCCAUGAGGGAGAUGUGCUGGUUGAUCUCUGGAAUCGCCUGUUGGGAUAUGACAGGGAGGGCAAUUCAGUAGCGAAUUUGUUGUGUGAUUGCAGCUUGAUGGAGAUUGGUCCACAUAUGCUUAAGCGGAGCCUUGUUCCUCAUGCAUUGCUUGGGAUGAACAACCAUAGUCCCAACAAACCACCUUUUCUCUGAUGACUAUUAGAUUGGCCUAUGAUUUCCAUGAGAGUUUUGGCUAUAUGGGGUCAUGAUCUUGGAUCGUUUCUCUUGAUUUGGCUGUCUUGGCGACAUGAAAGAUAUGAUCAGGGCUCAUUGUUCUCUUUA